AUGAUGCUAAAUCAAAUUCCUCGCACAAAUAUAAUCUCACCAAUUGAUAAAAUACCAAUGAUUGAAGGAAAAAAGCGACCUCGUCGUCGUUCCAUUAUUCGUGAGUUCUGCUUAAAUACAUCCACUCAUGCUCUACCAGGUAUUGCUCGCAGUGAAAGCAUCCACAAUCGUAUGUUUUGGUCGGUUUCAUUCAUUGGAUUUGCUGGAAUUAUGAUCUUUUUUAUUGUUAAAGCAGUUUUGGCCUAUUUCGACUAUCCAACAAGCAUGGAUGUAACCUAUAUCAGAGAAUGGCCUCAAUAUUUUCCUGCAUUUAGCUUUUGUAAUGGAUCACCACUUCGUUAUGAUCAAGUUAUGGAACCAUUUUUAAGCUACAUCAAUGCAAUAAAUACGAAUCAUACAACAACAGUUAAUACGUUUCAAAUAAGCGAUCUUUGGGAUUUUCUAAUUUAUAAAAGCAAUAGAAAUGAAUCAGUUGAACCGUUUUUCUUUCCACUUACUUCGAUGCUUCGAUCAUGUACAUACAAUUUCCAACAAUGUUCAGCACAGGAUUUUAUUCCAUUUCUAUCAUCAUCCUAUGGUUUAUGCUAUACGUUCAAUGCAAAACUUAAAAACAGCAGCAAUGAUAAUAUAAGAUAUACAAAUCAGAAUGGAGGUGAUGGUAAUCUCUACUUAGGUCUCUAUGUACACAGUCAUCAAUAUGUUCCUUAUGCGGCAAAUUCCGUUGGAGUCAUUGCUCUAGUACAUGACAAUACGCAAUUACCACUAAUUGAAGCAGCCGGUCUAGAAUUGGCACCGGGACGAAAGCAUAAAUUGGGCUAUAAAAAGAAGGCAGCAUACUUUUUAUCAUCACCAUAUACCAGCUGUACAAAUGAAAUUUCUCUUUCAAUGAAAGCUAUGCUUGAAAAAUAUAAUGGCGCUGAUUAUGGCUAUUCGGAAACAAUCUGCUAUCAGCUAUGUGAACAAAUGUACGUUUAUGAACAAUGUGGUUGUGUGAACCCAAAUUUAUGGAAUACUCGCUCGAUUGUUAAACCAGACGAUGACGAAAUCAUCGUAGCACCUCUUUGCAAUGUAACCGAUGGAUGUUAUUCAAUGGCGUCGAAUAGACUUUCGACCUCGUCAUCACUAAUGGAUAAGUAUUGUUUAAAUUGUUUACAACAAUGUACGAUAACAAGUUUUAUUGUUCAAGCAUCUUCAUCACGAGCACCGCUCGAAUGGGAGAUGGAUAAUAUUAAGGCUUUUGUAGAAAAUUCGGCGGUAGUAUUACCUACCAAUUGGUCAAUCACGUGGCGUGAACAUAUCUAUGCAGAUUAUCUUGCUGUGAACGUUGUACGCGAAACAAAUAUAGUCGAAACUAAUUCUCAAACAGCCACAUUAGGUUUAGUUGAUGUUCUUUCAAAUAUUGGUGGUCAAACUGGUCUAUGGAUUGGUAUCAGUUUCCUUUCGAUCAUGGAAAUAAUUGAAAUGUUUUAUCGACUAAUCCGACACGAGUUUCAUUUGAUUCGAUUAUCAAUACAAAGAAAUCAAUAA